AUGACAACUUCUCCCUUCCUACUGAACCUCUGGACAUCUUCCCCAAUUUGUCCAAAGUUCUCCUGCACCUCGCUGGGGGGCUCGUUUUUCAUGAUCAUGUUCGUGAACAGCUUCUCGCGAUGGAUGAAGCUGUACGGCAUGAGGCGUAAGUCGGACACCCUCGCCUUCGUCAAGAAGUUCCUCGCCGACAUGAGUGGCACCGGCGUCCCUCGUUCUUUCCGGAUGGACAACGGGGGGGAAUUCGUCAGCCGCGACUUCAUCGCCUUCUGCGACAACGCCGGCAUCCGCCGUACGUACACGGCGCCGGGCACCCCGCAGCAGAAUGGUCCGGCGGAGAGUGCGAUUCGCGUGAACAAGGCCGGCCACGCCGCUCGACUCGAGGCACGCCGCCUGUUCCCCAAGAUCGACUUCACCCGCGUCCCCGGCUUCGGACGCGAUGGCGAGCGACUCCGGCUAGAGUCGUGUCACUGGGCUGCCGGCGGCUUCAACCGUUCUCCGACCAAGGCAAACGUCGGGUACAAGUCGCCGUACGAGCUCUUCACCGGUCGCCCGCCCCCGCUCCAGAUCGUCCCCUUCUCUCAGUCGGGGUACAUGCGUGUGAUGCGCGCGCGGAAGAUGGAUCCCCAGGCAGUGCUGUGCUGCUACCUCAACAACGGCGACAACCAUCACGAGUCGGCGGUCAAGGCGCCGCCGGCAACUUCCACACAACCAUCGCCGGCGGCGCCGUCUACCGCAGCCACCCCAUCGCCAACGGCCACCGCGUCGCCUGCAAUGCCACCUGCAACGCCACAGUUCACCACCACCGCGCCGCCUGCAACGCCGUUCGCCGUCGUGCCACCGUCUCCCGCCGUCGCGCCGCUCGGUGCCGCGUCAUCGACCAACAUGCCGCCGCUCACUACGAGGAUCAUCCGUGAAUUAGACGUGGGGCGCGGGGACAUGAGGGUUUCUGGGCGCACGAGGGCAGCCGCUAAGGACAGGGGGGCCGAGCGGUCGACGUCACCUGGCGGGAGCGGUCCCGCCCACCGCUUCGGGCUUGUAUCCCUACAGCACAAGGCAACGCUCCUGUCGACUCUCACCACUCGCGGCGUCGUCGAUAGGGGGAGAAAGGAGAUCCCGAGUUCAGCCGGAGGACGUGAAGGAGCGGAGCCGGGGGGGCGAGAGCGUGGGGGCAAAAAACCAGAAGGACUGGGUGAAGAAGUCCCAUUUGCGUGCGCCACCUUGCUUGCCUCCCGCGAGGACAUUGAUCGCGCGAUGAUGGAUAUAGAUCCUCCGGAAGUGGCACCGGACUUGCCACAGUGCUACGCGAGCGACUUGCGCGUGCCCAAAACCGAUAGGGAGGCUGUGUCCUCUCAACAUGCUGACUUGUGGAUACACUCUGUAGAGAAGGAGUGCAGAGAUCCUCCGGAAGUGGCACCGGACUUGCCACAGUGCUACGCGAGCGACUUGCGCGUGCCCAAAACCGAUAGGGAGGCUGUGUCCUCUCAACAUGCUGACUUGUGGAUACACUCUGUAGAGAAGGAGUGCAGAGGUCUGAUGGAGGCUGAUUGUGGAGAGACGUAUGCACCAACUGUAGCGGUUUCUAGCGUUCGCUUGUUGGCAGCGAUGGCAUGUGGGCAAAAUCUUUCUCGUCAUUUUGACAUCAAGCAAGCAUUUGUCCAGUCGGACUUGGAUGAGGAUGUUUUCAUGCGCCUGCCAGAGGGGUGUGGCUUGAAGCUUUCAGAGUUUGACCAGGAUGAGCAAGUGGUAUCAUGGCCUUUUCGCGAGCUGAUAGGAUCACUGAUGUGGGUGGCAACGCAAACGAGGCCAGAUAUCGCGAGGGGUAGUGUAGCAGGGUUGAGCAUGGAGGUGUUCGCAGACGCAGACUAUGCAAGUAAGGCUGCCGAUAGGAGGUAUGUGUCAGGAGGAUUGGUGAUUUGUGCGGGGGGAUGUAUUUCUUGGUUUUCAAGGACGCAGGAGUGCGUUACGUUGAGCACGACAAAGGCGGAGUAUGUCUCCCUUGUGGAUGUGAUGAAGGAAGUGUUGUUUCUGAGGCAGGUACGGCGUUUCAUGUUGCCAGAAGCAGGUAUGCCGUGUAUUCCGGUGUUCGAGGAUAACCAGGGGGCUAUUCAGUUGGCGCAGAACCCGAAUAGCAACAGUAACUCGAAGCACAUCGACGUAAGGCACCACUUUAUCAGAGAAUUGGUAGGCAGGAAGGAGAUUUCGAUUUUUCACGUGGAAUCAGCGUAUCAACAUGCUGACUUCCUCACGAAGGCACUUAACGCCGGAGAUGUUGAGUUUCAUCGUAUUUUCGUGAUGAGUGUUGGACAGGAACAACGGCAGAUUUGGAUAUAUUUGUGUUUGAUCAAAGAACUAGGGUGGCAUUGUUUUACAUUUUUGCCUAUGGUCUUCUCAAUGGAUGAUGUUCUAGACUGGGGGGCAAUUGGAUCGCUAUGACUAUCGAAGAACUACAACUGGAAUGAUCGGGGAUGGAAAUAUAUUUCUAUUAUACAUAUAUAUAUGUAUUUGCCUUCCGACAAUUGCAGAUGUGCCUCAGAAAACGUUCACUUAGUGUCUCAUACUCUACAUGAAUAUUAAACCAAUACGAAGUACAACAACAUGUGUAGACUUAUUUCUACUGUCACUGACAUCGUAAAAAUAUCUCCUCAACUUGAAAUAAAACCAAUGACAAUCCUCAAGGUAUCCGAAAUGCGUUCGUAAGCUUGCUAAAAUACUACUACUGUGCUGAUAGCCUCUUGUAAAAAAAGCUGAAAUCCAACAAAUGCUUUGAUCCAUGCUACAUCUCCGUGUUGGAAAAGCCCUUUCUUCGCCGUUCAUGAUAACAUCUUACCCUAUUCUACGCAAAUCUGUCCCAUUUACUCUCAAACAAGACGCCAACUUCAAACGAAAACGCAUUCUACGAUGCGUCUACACUCCAUCCCCAUAUCAUUGGCGUUGACUGGUCCGAGGUCGAUCUUGUUCGCCUGUUUUC